AUGGAACAACCCCAGAGUCUUCGCGCUCUUUUUGCUGCUGCAAAAUCAGAGAAGUCAGCAUUGGAAAGCCGCUUCGACACUAACACAGAGCAAUACCGCAACGAUGUCAAUGCCACAAUAGCCAAGCUCGAGGAAUGCGCACGGCUUGUUGCGGUCCUAUCGUUAUUCAGCUCGAACGAACCGCUGGAAGAUAUCGCAACUGGGGAUUUACCGUAUCUCACGGUGUCAUACCAUCUUGCGGAGCUUCUACAGAGAUCGUACACCUCAGACCGCGUGUCUAGCCUUCGACGUGCACUUGAACAAUACGAAAGAUACCUCACGCGCUUGGAUGAUUACGAGUUACUCAAUGAUAAGGAUAAGAAGCUCUAUGAACGGUAUACUGCGAACCCAGCGUCCUUUUCGCUGACGCCUGUCAACGACGCCGCCGCCCGGAGAGAAGUGAAGAUAAAUAGGUUUAGAGAGGAAAAGGAGCUCAAACAAAGACUUCAGGUUAAAUAUACUCUAUUUUGA